AUCAGACUACAGCAAGCGGCUGCUACCAAGAACAAAGUUAAAGGCAGCCAAGGGCAAUUUCCACUCACACAGAAUGUUACAGUUGUUGAAGGGGGAACAGCAAAUUUGACCUGCAGGGUUGAUCAAAAUGAUAACACCUCCCUCCAGUGGUCAAAUCCAGCUCAACAGACUCUGUACUUCGAUGACAAGAAAGCCCUGAGGGACAACAGAAUUGAGCUGGUUCGAGCUUCAUGGCAUGAACUGAGCAUCAGCGUCAGUGAUGUGUCUCUGUCAGAUGAAGGGCAAUACACCUGUUCUUUAUUUACUAUGCCUGUCAAAACUUCCAAGGCUUUUCUCACUGUUCUGGGUGUUCCUGAGAAGCCACAGAUUAGUGGAUUUACUUCACCAGUUAUGGAGGGAGAGAGGAUGCAGCUAACCUGCAAGACCUCUGGUAGCAAACCAGCAGCUGAUAUCAGAUGGUUCAAGAAUGACAAAGAGAUUAAAGAUGUCAAAUAUUUAAAAGAAGAGGAUGCAAAUCGCAGGACAUUCACAGUUAGCAGCACAUUGGAUUUCCGAGCGGAUCGGAGUGAUGAUGGCGUCGUUGUAAGUUGCAGAGUAGACCAUGAGUCCUUAAACUCCACACCUCAGAUAGCAAGGCAGGUUCUAGAAAUACACUAUACACCUUCAGUUAAAAUCAUAUCUUCCAGUUCAUGGCCAGAAGAAGGACAAUCUAUAGUUUUGACUUGUGAAUCCAAAGGAAAACCACUGCCGGAACCAGUAUUGUGGACAAAGGAUGGAGGAGAACUACCAGAUCCAGAGAGAAUGGUUGUCAAUGGUAGGGACCUAAGAAUUAGUUUCCUAAACAAAACGGACAAUGGUACAUAUCGAUGUGAAGCAACAAACCCUAUUGGCCAAAACAGCACAGAGUAUGUCCUGAUUGUACAUGAUGUUUCCAACACUUUGCUUCCCACCACUGUCAUCCCCUCACUUACCACUGCAACAGUCACAACCACUGUAGCCUUAACAACCAGCACAGCCACAUCGGCAACAGCCUUCAGCACCAGAGACCCAAAUGCUUUGGCUGGACAGACUGGACCUGACCAUGCUCUCAUAGGAGGAAUAGUGGCUGUAGUUGUCUUUGUCACAUUAUGUUCUAUAAUUCUGCUUGGACGAUAUCUGGCAAGACAUAAAGGAACAUAUUUAACAAAUGAAGCUAAAGGAGCUGAAGAUGCACCUGAUGCUGACACAGCCAUUAUCAAUGCAGAAGGCAGUCAAGUCAAUGCAGAGGAGAAAAAGGAGUAUUUCAUUUAGAUGCAGACCUAGAUUCUCUGAGUUUUACUUAUCAGGCUGACUGCUGGAGAAAACUGGCUAUCAUCUUUCAGAAUUCAUUUCUAUCAUCUUCUGCAAACUUUAUUAACUUACAUACUGCUAUAAAUAGCCAGUUUAUGCCAACAAUCAGUUGUUGACAGCAUCAUUCUUUCUUUACAGUACCAUCCACAAUGCAGGACAUUUCUUAUUGCCUAAAAUUCAUAUCCAUUGCUCUCUUAACAUACAGUGCUUGAAUAUACAGCCUUAACAAUGUUAAUCUUCAUCUUAAAUCAUGCUAUUGAGUUUUCUACAUUUUUAAAUGUUAUAUAGCUUUCUUCUUUUCCAGUUUUCUUUUACCAUGGUCCCUAUCAGUAUGUCACUGGAUGAUUUUCAUAACAAAUACUAUUCGAUAAGGACAUAAUGUACUUACAUAAAACAUUAAAUCUAAGAUUAGAGGUUUACAAAGAAUGUUUUAUACAUGUCUUUAAUUCAAAGGCAACCUGUUUUUGAAACAUAUGCCCUAGGAACCACAAACUGAACACAUUAUAGUAUAGUUUCUUGUAUGCUUGGAUUUGGUGGAAAAGGAGUAUCAAUACAUUGUUAAAAAUGGUACCUUGAUACUAAUUCCAUGCUUGGGUGGUAAUUACAUCACACUGUAUUAUCUAUACAGAUUAUGCAGAGUUAGAUAAUGGUAGCUUCAUUCUAAAACAAAUUUAUUCAGCCCUUUUACUGCUUUUUGGGAUCACAAGUUAGAUAUGUUUCUGUAAUUUUGGUUUUAAUAAUUUAUUUGCUUCAUAUGAACUCACCUGCCUAUUCAGAUUUGUAGUGUUCAUGGGGCACAAUUGCAAAGCAUUUUCCUAUCUGUAUAUAGUGCAUAUAAUAAAUCCAAUUAAACAUUAUUUGAUACAUAUUUAACUUUUUUGGCUAUAGCUAAGUCAGUCACAAGUAAGCAUUUUCUAAUGUCCAUUAUAUCCCUUUAAAUAUGACUUAAAUCAAUAUUCUGAAUAGAUAACAUGUAUUAGUAUUUUUUGUCUGUAUGUCCUAGCACUGUUCAGCAGCAAACUUUUCUAGUUCUUGUUAAUUUUUCUUUGUUAUACAAUGGAAGCACAAUGUUAUAUGGAAAGGUAGUUUUAAGCUAACAACCAGUGCACAGCCUCAGGUUUUGAAUUACAACCACAUUUGAUUAAUAUCCUUAAAAAAUACUGUUAUGUUGCUAAAUUCUCAAUUUUUAAUUCGGCAGUUCCACAGCUGCUUAUCUAUGUUGGGUUGCCAAAAAAAAAAAAAAAAAAAAAAAAAAAAAAACCACAACACAAGAAAAAAAAGAAAAAAAGAGUUAAAUGAUAUAUGUUUUGUGUAUACGGUAAAUGGACUAAUUCUUUAUAUUAAAUUCCUGUCUAUGCAUUUUGUGGGGUACAAACUUAUGUCACAGUGAAUGAUAGAGAAUUUCUACCAAUGCUUUUAGCUCUAUGGUGAAAGUCUCUCUUAAAGUCUCAUGUUCUUAAAUAUGACAACAAAACACUAUAAGCCCAAUGGCUUAUUUCCUCUUCCACUGAAAUAAAAAUGGUGCCAGAUCAACUCUUGGUAGUGAUUCCAUGCUGGAGAAUGAAAAUCUGUAUCGUUUGGAGUUCAUCUCCCUCUCCCAAGUGUUGCACCUUUGAAAAAUAAUAUUUCUAUACGGUUGCGAUACUUGUGAAGUCUAAAAGCAUGAUGGCUUAUUGUAAAGGAUUAUCUCUUGGGAUUUAUUUUUUGUGGGGGCGGGGGAGGGAGAAUCUGAAUACAUCAUCAUGUAUUAAGAUAAAAUGGAAGACAAAGGUGCUGUGUCAGAUUAUUUAUCAGAAGAGUAUAAGCCUGUUAAGGAGAAUAUUAUAGUAUUAUUUUUUGUUUUGUUUUCUUUCUUUCUUUUUGUUGAAACAUUUAUCUUGUUAAUUUCUAAGAAAAAGAGGGCGAUGUUGAUCAAGCAGCACUUUUUCAAAAUAUACAGAACAUAAAUAAUAUGAUGUGGUUGAGUGUUAACAUAAUAAAUCAUAUACAGUAUGACAUUUUAAAGAAAUAAGUCUGCAUUGAUGUGAUUGCAUGCUUGUUUUUUACAGUUCACUCCAUACCAUCUGUGGAAAAAUGCAAUAAUAUGUUAAUAUAGUAUGGUAGUUUGAGAGAACCAGGUAGGUGCUACUAGACACAUUGAAACUAGUAUAGGUUUUCAAGAUAUUCAUGUCUUUCAAAGCAUACACUUUUAAAAGUUUGGCAAAGGAAAUCAUUUAGUUUAGUACCAGAACAGAAAGGUUCUUGUCACAACAGUAAGUUGCAUUAACAGCAUUACAAUACUGUAUAUCUCAGUCUGAUUAAGGACUUAGGGCUUGAGCCAACAAAUCACUUAAGCAUGUGAGAAGUUCCAUCUAAUUCAAUGGAACUACUCAUAUGCUUAAAAAGUAAGUUUUUUUUUUUUUUUUUUUUGCUGGAUCAGGGCCUUAUUUACUGAAGUGGAACUGUUCAUCAAUGCUGCUUUUACAUCUUUAUACACUCUAUCUAAAAUGCACUUUGCUUGAAUUGUAGAGUUGUUGCUUAAAUCAUUACUUACCACGAUGUCAAGUGAGAUCUUCAAAUGUUAGAGCAGGGGUCGGCAACGUUCGGCACGCGGCUCGCCAGGGUAAGCACAUCGCUCACCCGCGCCGCUUCUCGCCACCCCCAUUGGCCCGGGACGGCGAACCGUGGCCAGUCGGGGCCGCGAUCAGCCGAACCUGUCACGUCAGCAGGUACAUAAAACUGGCUGGCCAGCCAGGGUGCUUACCCUGGCGAGCCGCGUGCCGAACGUUGCCGACCCCUGUGUUAGAGCAUCUUUAGAUGUAACCACUCAAAGCCAACUUGUCAGUGUAGUGUAAAACCAGCAUUGAAACAUUGCAAAACCAGAAAUAAAUUGGACUGUUAAAUUACAUUGGUUGGUUUUUAGUUAAAACUCUUAAUGUGUGCUCAUUUUCAAUAGAUUUCUGAUUUUCCACUGUCUUGCAUCUUGUGAUUUCAUUUACAUUUGUGCGAAGUGGCUGUAAAAACACUACAACCAGUAUAAAUGAAUUGAGAAUUCUGAUUGGGUAGUUCUUUACAUCCAUCUACAUCCACAUGUUCAAAUGACUUCACUGGGUGUAAGGUAGUAAUUACAGUGCCAGGCCCUUUGUAAGCAACAUCAUGGCUCACGUAGAACUAAGUAUAGUAUUCAACAGGUAAAAACACAUUGUCUGUCUCCUUUAUACAAAAAGAUCCCAUUCAGAAAUAUUGAGUCCAUUACAGUGUCAAGAAAUCUGAUAAAUGUGUAAAAUGAACGCUCCGAAUGGGAACCAUGUUAGUUAGAAUAUUAGUAUAACAUCCACACCUACAAAUACAUGCAAUGUAAUUUUCUCAAGACAAGGUAGCUAAUUACUGCCAGUUUACAAUGUCCAUUGAUUAUUUUUAACUUUCAAAUGUAGAACAAUGUUAAUUUUUUUAUGCUUUGAGAACAUAAUCAUUAAACAGGCAUGUGGCAUCACAGGCAAAAGGGUGCAUCUUUCCAUUCUGUUUAGUGUCAUCAGAGAAUCCAAGAAGCAGUUUAAGGAACCUGAUAUUUAUGUUGAGGCUAAGAAUUUAAUCUGGAACUCUUAAAAAUGUCUUCACAUUUCUUGCACUGAGACUUCCUCUAUAAAGAAUACAUGAAGAAAACCAACUUUUCUAAAUAAUACAUGGAAGUUAAUGUGUAGUUUCAUUAUAGCAUAAUAUAUAUAUAUAUAUAUAUAUAACUAUCUCAAUGAAGAGAAAGGACAGGAUCAUCUGUAAUUAUGUAAUUCAACUGAUUGUAAACAGCACUGAAGUUACCAUGUACGCACAUGUACAGUAGCUAUUUUGACAGUUACAGUGUAGUUACAUGUACUUCCAUGUAACACAGCAGUUAUAGUGUAAUUUAGUGCCACUUACUGUAAAGUGUUACCAAAAGGAAAAUGGAACUCUUACCUUUACUAAUCUGUUCAAACUAAUGGUAAAUAUAUUAAAUUAACACCAUGAAUCUGACAUUCCAUUUCUUUAAUAAGGAGGUGAUGUAAAACUUCAUGUUCACCCCACAGCUUUUCCCACCACCUAACUAGAUUACUACAAGUGUCCAAUCUUCUCACUCUUAGGAAAUGGUAAUCUGUGAUGAACAUACCAAAAAAAAUUCAGCUACUUCAAUUGAAUCAGCUGCUAAUAGAAACAACUGAGUAAUGCUUUUUAUUAAGUGGCACAAAGUACACACUAAAAACUAUGCAAAAAUAUAGGUAACUACAGUGUACUUACAUGUAAGUAUCUUGUACUUUCUGUGUAUGGAUAUUGGAAACCCAUGUAAUUAUAAUAUGCAUUUUGAUUAUUUUAAAAGAGGGGAAGCAGUGAAAAUAAUUAAUUUUGAAGUACACACAUGCAAUAGUCAUGCUUAAUGCAAUAUGCUUAAUUCCUCUACUUGCAAUGAUAUUUAAUUUAUAAUAAUGCAUCUCUGUCCUCCCACCCCACUAGCUCUGUCUCCCCUUUAGUACUAUUUAGGUCCUAUUAGACUCAAUUGAAAAACUUUUAGGUCAAAGUAAGAAUUCAGCUCUGCUAAUGGCUUCAUUACCAGCAUACUGCAAGUUUGGCAACCCUGCUCAGUAAUCUCUUUUUGACUCAACAGAUCAACCUUGUUCUUUUUUUCCUUCUUGGGGGAGUCUAGCAAACUAAGAUACUGAAAUGUAUUGCCACAUGCCCUGCUUUUUUUUAAGCUUGAACAGCAGAGAGGAAGAAAUGGAGACCUGCAUUAUCCUGACCUCUAUUUUGUUGAACCACCUCACCUGGAAUUUUCACAAUUUCUUUCACAAUACAGUACUGUCAGGUAAUCUUACAUUGUGAGUACAAACUGCUUCUGUCAAAGUACAGAGAAAGCCUUUAGUGAUAAAGUUAACUUUUUCUAAACAUGAAAUUUUAUAUCACUGACCUUUAUCAUCUUCUUGUUUUCCGUCACACCCUUGCAAAAAGUAAUUCACUGAAAGUAGUGAGAGAACAUGAAAUAGAAAAAGAAGAAAAUGAAUGUUACAUGUAAUAUUGUGAAACUUAAGUGAGUGCCAUUUCCUAUAUCACUCCAUACUUGCAUAUAAUAUUAUGAUUAUAGACAUUUAAAAACUCCAGUUAGAUGAAAUGUAGGAAUUGAAAACAUGGAGUUAAACUGUUAAGCUAUCUCUCAUGUUAAAUAUUGACUAUGAAGUGUCUAUAUACAUUUUAUAAAUAUUACCAAGUCUUAGAUUUAGCCUCUAAAGGGGAUAAUUGUAAGUUUUUCUGUUAACACUGAAAACAACUUGGCUGCAUUCAUGGUUCUUUAUCUAAUUUCCUCUAUCCCACAACCCCAUUUUUUACUAUCUUCUGUUGUAGGUAGUCCCACUGGGUAAUACUGUAGAUCAGGGGUCUCAAACUCAAUUUACCUUAUGGCCAGUGCCAGUUCUCAAAUCCUCCCAGCGGGCCAAUAAUGUCCCUGAAGAUGGUGUUCAGAAAAGAAAACGUUUAUAUUGUAUUUUUUAUUUUGAAUUUCUUAGAAAUAAUAAAACUGUCAUACAACUGUAUACAAUUCUUCGCGUGCCAGAGAGUUUUUAGUGUUUGCCAGACACUUGGCAAUGCUUCAGUUCUGUCAGUUUGUUGAUGUUUGGCCUCAGUGACUGAGCAGUUGAAACCUUCAGGAUUGCAGCAAGGUGUGCAUCAGAUAGUUGUGUUCGGUAUUUUGACUUGUUUAUAUUCAUUGUGGAAAAAAAUGAUGUUGGCUCCAUGGCUGACUAUGCCCAGCAACUAAUAAUGCUGUCUCCAUGGCUGACUCUGCCCGGCAACUAAUGAUGCUGCCUCCAUGGCUGACUCUGCCUGGCGACUAGUGAUGGUAUCUCUGUCCCUCUCCCCCAGCCAAUGGAAGCUGCGGGGGGGCGGCGCCUGCAGCAGACACUGUGGGCAGCAUGGCUGCAUGCGUCUCUCCUCCAUGGGCCGCAGUGGGAAGGUUCUCAGGCAGGGACUUUGAGACUCCUGCUGUAGAUACCGGGCCACAUCCUCAGCUGCUAUAUCUCAGCUUAGCACUAUUUCUUUUAGUAUAGGCUGAUUUACAUUGGCUGAAGAUGCAUCCCAUAAUGUUUAAAACCACACUGUUAUACCAUACCAAUAUCUAUUAAAUAUGGAGAAGAACAUUAUACAAUUCAACUGUAACACAAUUACUUUCACUAACAAAGAACGUCAGUUUGUAAUGUCAAUUCUAAAACCAUAUAUGCAAGUUUUCGCAUUUCAUCAGUAAUAUGCAUGCUAUCAAGAUAUUCUAAUUUGUCAUUUAUUUAAACUUAAUAUCUCCAAUGUACCUUUACAAUACAAAUAUUCAAUCCAGGGAUUACAGUAGCAUCUAGUGCCAAAAAAAAAAAAAAAAAAAAAAAAAUCAAAGAAAUGUAUCAAUAUGGCAAAGAUUUUCUGAAACUUUUCAACACCAGGAUUUCCUACAUGAUUGUUCUAGGAGGGCCUGAUCUAACUACCAAUAAAGUCAAAGGGAAUCAUCUGACAGACUGUAAGGGAAGUUAGCUCAGACCCACAAUGCUAUUCAAGUAUCACACCAACAUACUGCAUUUGGAGCAACUCAGAAGGAUGAUGGGGCUGGGGGUAGGGGGGCAGGGGGAAGAGGUGUGCGCAAACCUGGUUUUAUGCCAUUCCAAUCCACGGCCCUUCUAACCUACCCCUACUGCCAUUGGGCCUCCAAGGGGGCUGUUCCCAUUAGUUAGGAAUUGCGAGGGACCAGCCAUGCCCAUGUUUCUGAACAAAGCCCUUUGCACUGGGGUCAAAAAGGGAAACGGCAUAGGAGCUGAUAUGGCUCUAGAGCACCUGGGGAUUCCCUAACACAAUGAAAAGCCCUCAAGUAGCUGGUUAAACCAGCUUUAUCAUUUCUGUGUGUUGCCAAGGAUCUGUCCUUCCCCCCAUCUUUUGUGUGUAAGUGACUUAAGGCUCUGCUGUGUUAAAAGGAGCAAUUGCUGAGGUGGAAGAAAGAUUCUCCUUUCCAAUGAAUGCUUUAUGUUAUUACAAUGAAAAGUGAAAGAAUUUUUUAAAGAUUUCAGGUGCAAAAGCUAAGCCUGCCAAGGGUCAGCACUUAAGCACUUUCCCUGUAUCCAGGGUCAAGCCAGCUGUGUUUUCUAUAUAAGCACUGGCCUCUCAUCUCAGCGUAAACUACUUACAGUCUUAUCCUGUCCUUAUGGACAGUGCUGAAAAUUCCUGAUUUUGUUUUCUUUUAUAUUACUAGCUUUUCUUUUCUUUUUCUUCUUGUUUUACAUGAAAAUUAUUAGGGGAUUUCCAUAUUAAAUGCACCCCCCCCAUUUUUAAGGUAAGUUCUGCUUUAUAAAUAUUUAUGUGGCUCAAAAGAGGAGAAAAAUGUAUGGUAUUUGGAAUGAACUAUUGUUCCUUUUCCCCUUCCUUUCUGCAGUAUAUUGGAUAAUAUUAAAGCAAGUGAGAAUAUUAAUUCCUCAUUUAAGUGUAACUAGAUUUUCCCAUAUCCCUAUGUAGUUUAUAUAUAUAAUACACACACACACACACAGCCAUAAAAUCAUCUGCUUUUAUGUACUGAUUACAGCUAAACAGUGAACAAAAUGUUUGAGAUUUGGCCUCGUGGACUACUGGAUUCAUACAUAACUCACUCUCAAAAUUCUUAAUGCACCAUUUCUAUUGAGUUCAACAGGAUUUGGCUCAAGUCCUUAAUCUAAAUGUUUGAGCUAUUAGACUUGCAAUUCGCUGCAUUUGGAAGGAUAAUUUUUUUAAGAAUAAAUAUAAACAUCAUGCUGUAAGUAAAAUCCAAUGGAAUUAAGCAUAUUGCACUGAUGAUGGAAAUUCAGUUACUGCAUUUAAUUUUCUCAACAAUUGUAAGUUAACAAAAUGCAUAUUGUAAUGUUAGGUACAUGACACUUGCAUGUUGCUAUGCCUAUAUACUUACAGAGUAUUCAAUGUGUACUUAGUGGCGCUUAAGAAAUGUCAUGUACAAUUCUUAUAAACAUUCUUACAGGGUUCCCAUUUGCACUUCAUCUUUCAGUAAAGUCUUGUCAGAAAAAUGUCUGAUGAAUAUUAUUGAAAAAAAUAAAAUUUCAAUUUUAGUUAUCUGUUGGA